CUCUCUCUAACUUCUUCUUUGUCGUUUAAUUAAUUAAUAACACUCUCCACCACACUCAUCCUCUCUGACUCCUGUCGUUUUUUAUCACCGUUCCCCACUCUCUACUCCACCUUGUGUUCUCCGCUUUUUUCAUUCUCUGAACGUGAAAAUGGCAAGGUCGUCCUCGGCCUCGUCAAUGCAGUUCCAGGCGAUCAAGCCAGAAGAUUACUCUCACAGUCCGGUCCACUAUGCGGUUGUGCUGGGCGACCACACCACCCUCUCCAGAAUCGCUUCCACGCUGCCUCGACUGGCGGAUCCUUCUCAAGUCCACACUGAGUCCGACUCGCUUGCCCAGGAACGUAUCGCUGACCAGAUCUCUGCUGUCCUUGACCGCCGUGAUGUCCCCUACAGAGAGACCCCGCUCCACCUGGCUGUUCGAUUGAAUGACGCUGUGGCAGCCCGCAGUUUGGCCUCCGCCGGAGCUGACGUCUCGCUCCAGAAUUCAGCCGGCUGGAAUCCCUUGCAGGAGGCUCUUUGUCGCCGGAGCUCCGAUAUUGCUUUUAUUCUCCUCCGCCUGCACCACCGCUCCGCUUGGGCCAAGUGGCGCCGCCGCUUGCCUAGGGUUAUCUCCGUUCUUCGCAGAAUGCGGGAUUUUUACAUGGAGAUUUCCUUCCAUUUCGAGAGCUCUGUCAUUCCCUUCGUCGGUAAAAUCGCUCCCUCUGACACGUACAAGAUCUGGAAGCGCGAUGGCAACCUACGUGCCGACACGUCAUUGGCCGGCUUCGACGGCCUGAAAAUCCAGCGCGCCGACCAGAGCUUCUUAUUUCUCGGAGACGGAGAUCAGAGCCACGAUGUUCCUUCUGGUUCGCUGCUCGUUCUCAACCGCGACAACCGCAAAAUCUUCGACGCAUUCGAGAACGUCGGAGCACCGAUGAGCGAGUCCGACAUUGCCGGAUUCUGCUCUCAGACGAGCGUAUAUAGACCAGGUAUGGACGUGACCAAGGCAGAGCUCGUUGGAAGGACGAAUUGGAGACGACAGGAAAAGACCGAAAGCGUCGGCGAAUGGAAGGCCAGAGUCUACGAAAUCCACAAUGUGGUGUUCAGCUUCAGGUCAAGGAAAGUUACAGCUAGCGAAGCUGACGUGGCAGGGAGCGAGCAAGUUCUCCCUCUGGAACUGGACGAAGACGAUGAUGGUUUCCUAGUGGCGGAGAAUCCGAAUUUUGGAAUUCCCGACAAGCGGAGGCACAGUAGCUUCGUGAGAGAAGAGAGGCACAGCAGCUUCGUGAGAGAAGACAGGGAAUUCGUAACGCUAGGGAGGAAGAGCGUGGAUUUACCAUCUGUAGUGGCUCCUCCGCCACAUAGGAGAGCUAUGGCGGCGUCUGUGUCCGUGGUUCCGCCGCAGACGAAGGAGAAGGAGUACGUGAGGAGCUUGAGGCCGUCGGUUUGGUUGACGGAGCAGUUUCCUCUGAAGACGGAGGAGCUCUUGCCGUUGUUGGACAUCUUGGCCAACAAGGUGAAGGCAGUGAGGAGGAUGAGGGAACUGCUGACCACGAAGUUCCCGCCGGGGACAUUUCCGGUUAAGAUUGCAAUACCGGUGGUCCCAACGGUGAGAGUGGUAAUAACAUUCACAAAGUUUGUUGAACUUCAACCAACCGAACAAUUCUACACUCCAUUUUCAAGUCCUAGACACUUGUUUCAUGGUGGAGGAGGAGGAAGAAGCCAAUCGGAGGAGGUUGGCAAGUCACAGAGCAAUUACUCAUCUCUACCUCCGUCUUCUUCUUCUUCGUCAUCAUCGUCAACCACGACAUGGCUGAGGCGAAACGGCAGCCAAUCAGGAUCUACCAGCAAGCAGCAAAGGUGUGCUGCAAUGGCACAGGAAUCUGACCCUUUUGCAAUUCCUAGUGGAUACACAUGGACAAGUAUAGAUGACAAGUCUCGCAAAAUGAAGAAAUCCAAGUCCACAAGGAAAUCCAAAUAGAGAGAAAAAAUAAAAAGGCAAAAAAAAAAAAAAAAAAAAAAUGAAAA